AAAACUAGAUAAUCUUUGGCGAAACAAACAACUGCCGAAGGUUGGAACGUGUUGGACUGCGUUAUCUGGAAUAUCACAGCGCUAUCGCUGACCACAUAACAGAUAUUGCUACAGAACUGCUCGACGGAACAUCGUGAUUGGAGUUCCUGAUCCACUGGAUCUGCACUUCGUCGAAGCAAGAUGGCGGUGGCUGUACUACGCUUCGUUUCAUUGGUGCUGCUUGCGCUUUACGUCAGUGCCUUUAUGCAGACUUCGGAAACUGACUAUGGCUCGGGCGACGGCGCGGAGCUGCAGCGCAGCGGGCUGGACGACAAGCUGAAGGCCAUCAUCGAGGGCUUCCGCCAGAACAUGACGCAGCCCAUGCCGUCCCUGGGCCUGCCCGCGCUCGACCCGUUCGCCAUGGACCAGCUGCCGGUGAACCUCAGCCUCAACGGCAUCCGGGCGACGGGCGUACUGCGCGACCUCACCGUGGCGGGGCUGUCCUCCUUCGUGCUGGACCGAGUGCACCUGCAGUUCGUGGGGCUGCACCUGCAGUUCCGCUUCUUCCUGCCCGAGGUUACCGCCUCCGCCCGGUGCAACGUGUCCGUGGGCGACCACUUGCAGCUGUCCGGGGACGACCCCAUCACGUUGACGGUUACCGACCUGGCCUUCAGCGGAGACAUAUCCAUCGGUGCUCACACGGACGGGAAGGAGAACCUGUACCUCAAGAACGUGACGCUCGACUUUCUGUACGGGAAAAUCACAGUGGACCUGGGGGACUUCAGCGAGGACGCGCGCCUCACGACGGCCCUUCAGGGCGUGGUAAACGACCUGCUGCCGCAGCUGCUGGACCGCGAGAAGCUGUCCUUGCUGGCGUGGGCACAGGACGAGGUCAUGAGCUUCGGCGACCACCUGCUCGAGAACACCACCAUCUCCGACAUCCUGGGGUCCAUCGGCUGACUUCCCCUUUCCCAGCGCCUUCUGUCUCCGAAAAAAAACUAUUUAUCUCUACUAGAAAAUGUUUUGUAUUAAGUCAUUCUUCACUUGUUAAAUAAACGGAAGCAUCACCUGUGACAUCAAAAACAUA